GUAGGCCCAACAGAUAUUCAUAAUUUGGCCUAAAUAUUAAAUUAUACAAUGUAGCCUUCAAACUAGAUAUAGCAUAGGGGACCUACAUUAAGAAAGACCCACAUAUUAUAAUUAUUAUGGCUCAUGCCAUAUAUAAGGGACUGUACUCGGAUACUGCAGACAGACGCUGGGGAGAUGAAUGACUCGUUUGUAUUUAAUUCUAGAAGAUCAGUGGUAGUAUGCAAGCGAGGGUGUGUUGCCAGCAGCAAUCCCCUAGCUUCACAAGCUGGGCUGGAUAUUCUGAAGGCUGGAGGAAAUGCAGCAGAUGCAGCAGUGGCAGUUGCAGCAGUUUUAAAUGUCACUGAACCAAUGUCAACUGGGAUUGGUGGGGAUGCCUUUUGUAUGUUUUAUGACAGCUCUACCAAAACUAUAAAAGGUUUGAAUGGAAGUGGCAGAUCUUCAAGUCGGGCAACUCUUGAGGCAUUAAAUGCUGCUGGCUACAAUAAAGAUCACCAUUAUUCCCCUUUAGAUGGCCUCUCUGUUACAGUACCAGGAGCAGCCAGUGCAUGGGUUGACACUGUGUCUGAAUUUGGAAGUCAAAAGCUGUCAUUACUUUAUAUUUUGAGUCCUGCCAUUGAAAUGGCUGAAAGUGGGUUUCCUGUCCAAGAACUAGCAUCCAAGUUCUGGGCAUCAGGAGCCCGUGUUUUGAAGAGAAAAGAAAAUGUUCACGGCAGUGAUAUGCUUUUAAAUGGAGAAGCUCCAAAACAUGGUGCCUUGAUGACCAAUCAAUAUCUUGCUAAUACAUUUAAGGAAUUGGGUAGACAUGGCAAGAAAGGUUUCUAUGAGGGCAGGAUUGCUAAAGCUGUUGCAGAUGUUGUAGGUGAACAUGGCGGCAUGAUCACUGUGGAUGACAUGGCAGUUCAUGAAAGCACCAUGGUGGAACCAGUCAGCACAGUGUACAAAGGUUGUCGAGUCUGGCAGCUUCCGCCUAAUGGCCAGGGAAUAGCUGCUCUCAUUGCGUUAAACAUUUUAGAGGACUUUGAUUUAAAGUCAAUGGGACAUAACUCUGCAGAAUAUCUCCACCAUCUGAUUGAGAGUUUUCGACUAGCUUUUGCCGAUACACUUCAAUACUGCACUGAUCCAAGUCAAGUUGACAUUCCCUUAGAAAAUCUUUUGUGCAAGGAAUAUGCAGCCAAAAGAAGAAACCUUAUUCAGAUUGAUAAAGUGAUUCCCCCUUCAUUUUUGGAAAAAAGUGGCCUGGAUCAACCAGUGGGGAGUGACACAGUCUAUUUUACUACUGCUGACAGCCAGGGAAACGCCUGCUCAUUCAUCAACAGUAACUACAUUGGCUUUGGUACAGGUCUAGUGCCAGAAGGUUGUGGCUUUACUCUACAGAACAGGGGCUUUGGAUUUUCAUUAGACCCUAACCACAGGAAUGUGAUAGCUCCAAGUAAAAGACCUUACCACACCAUCAUUCCAUCGAUGGUUACAUCAGCAGAAACAAAUGAUCUCUUGAUGAGUUUUGGUGUCAUGGGAGGCUUCAUGCAGCCACAGGGCCAUGUGCAGGUUCUUCUCAACAUGCUGGAGUUUGGCUGCAAUCCUCAGACUGCUCUUGAUCUGCCCAGAUUUUGUCUUGGGCAUGGAACUGCCUCUGUUUAUAAAACAUCAGAUCUAUUCAAUGGGGUACAACUGGAAGAAGGGAUAACCCAAGAUGUAUUUUCCAAGUUAUCUUCUCUUGGACACAACCCCAUAACCGUGGCCGGUCUUAGCAGGGCAGUGUUUGGCCGUGGUCAAAUAAUCUCCAGAGGCCCCUGGUGGCAGGAUGGUCUAGAGAAGCUGACCUCUAGCCUGUAUUGGGCUGGUUCAGACCCCAGGGCUGAUGGUUUGGUAGCAGCCUAUUAAAAUUAUGGCAUUUUCUUGAUUUGUUUAAUCAGGGUAACUUAUAUUUCAUGUUGUUUUUUUACACACCACAGUAUUAAAUAAUAUUAUACCAUGAGGUUAAAAUUAUGUUGUUUGUUAACCUUUUAUAACCCAUAAUUCACCAAUGUCCUGCUACUAAUUAGUUAUUAAUGGUUAAAUAAAUUGAUGUUAAGGUCACUUUUAAUGGGAACAGUUUAUACAAAGAGAUUGUAUGAAUAGUUCCCUUAAAAAAAAAUUGUUGGACAGUAUUUU